AUGGUUGCUGUGCCCCUGCCAGUCCCAGCUAGCCCAACCAAUGGAUCAGGCCAGCCUUCAACAUGCAAAGAGCUCGACCCCAAUCUGUCACAGCCCAUCACAAGGAUGGUGCUCUCUCUGUGUGUGGCUGGGCGGCACAUCCUCUUGGCUCUGACGUUGCUACUGUGUGUGGUAAUUUGAGUGAGUGCAGCCUCCUCCAUAGUGAACAUGCGUAGGAUCACCCAUUCGACAGUACAAGAAAUGCUGGCAGGCAAAGCUGUCCUCCCCUGUGUCUUCACCCUUCAGACCACCUCCACCAGCCAGCCUCCCCACCUCCUGUGGACUCGCAUCAAGCUGCCAGCAGGAGGACAGGAUGCUCCUCUGGAGCAGACUGUGCUCUCUGCUAAAGGUGAUGUAAUCAAGGUGAAUAAGGCUUUCAUUGGCCGUGUCAGGCUGCCAGGAUACACUGCCAAUCCCCUGAAUGCUACCAUGGAGAUCUCCAGCCUCCGUACCAACGACUCGGGCACUUACCACUGUCAGGUUGUCAUGGGUAACGACUAUGAGAGAGACACUGUGCCCCUGGUGGUCUCCGGUGUGGUGUUUCACUAUCAGGCUCCUAGCGCCCGUUACGCCCUCUCAUUUACAGACGCCCAGCGUGCCUGCCAGGAAAACUCGGCUCAGAUCGCCACACCAGCCCAGCUGUGGGCAGCAUAUUAUGACGGCUUCGCCAGCUGUGCAGCUGGCUGGUUAGAUGAUCAGACAGUCCGCUAUUCUGUCCAGCUGCCAGAGCUUGGUUGCUAUGGAUACAAGGAGUACUCUGCUGGAGUGAGGAAUUAUGGGAAGAGGGACCCAAAAGAGCUGUUUGAUGUGUACUGUUUUGCAAAAGAACUGGAUGGUGAGGUGUUUCACUCCUCGGUCCCCGGCAGACUGUCACUGUCCUCAGCCUCAGACCGUUGUGUGUCCCUCGGGGGCCAGUUGGCUACUGUGGGGCAGCUUUAUCUGGCCUGGAGGGCCGGCCUGGACAGCUGUGCCCCAGGCUGGCUGUCUGAUGGCAGUGUCCGCUACCCAGUCAGCUGGCCUCGGCUGGACUGUGGAGGGAACCAGUCGGGAGUCCACACUGUCACACCCAAUAGCACAACUGACAACAGCACAGCAGUCUAUGAUGCAUACUGCUACAGAGGUAAAGUGAAGAAUACAGGCUCCAUCUCUCAGAUCUACACUUCCCUGUGGAAGCCUUGGAGCUACCUCACAGGCUCAACUGAUGCCACAGGGACAGACAGUCCCAACCCGACUACACAGUACACCACUACUGCCAGAGGAUCCUCAGAUGGCAGCGAUAUUUCUCCCUCAAAUUGGACAGGGCUGGUCGACCUGGAAGAGGAUACCUCCCUUCAUAGUGCUGAUGCUUCCUCAGACCUCUGGUCCUCAGAGUCCUCAGAUUCAUAUGUGACCCUCCAGCUAAUCCACGGACAGAGCUCCUUAGACUGGGGAGAGCCACUGGAGCCUGGUCCCGAUUCUGUGGAGUUUCUCCUGCCCCCAGUCGACCCCACUCCUACUGAGAAGAAGGCGAUCUCAAAAAUCGUCAAGUCCAUAUGGAAGCCUUGGAACUACCUGGUGGGGACUGGUGAUGAGGAGGGGACCCAUGCGCCAGAUGGACAGGUGGGAGAAGAGGAAACAACCACAAAAAAGUCUGAGGAAGGGUCAAAUGAGUUCAGUACAGCAACACCAGGUGUUGCGCCCCCCACAGGUUUGUUUUCUUGGGGGAGUUCAUGGUUCAGCAGUCCCUCGAGGAACAACGCAACAGCAGCCAGUGAAGAAUCACCCACUCGUCUGGCAUCUACGUUGGAGGCCUCCAGUAACUCUAUAACUACAGCGAGCACCAAGAGCUGGGAGGCUUCCGAGACACAAACCUCCACUGCCUCCAGCCCCCCACCUGAAAUCACCUCAUCCAGCGGAGAAACCUGGGUCCGCGUUGAAGUAGAGACCACAACCCAGCCGGGUGAAAAGAGGGAGGAGACGGUGACCUCUAGAGCCAGUGGAAGAGGAGGGAGAGGAAGGGGAAAGAAGAACAGAGGGGAGGACAGGAGCAGGGGAGAAGAGAGGGUGAGGGGAGAGGAGAAAGUGAAAGGAGAAGAGGAAGGGAGCGGAGAGAUGGCUGGUGCCGAAGCAAAGGGGGAGAUACAAGUCUCACGUCGACCAGUCGGAACCAGUAAACCAAGAGAAAGAUCCAGAGAAAGAUCUAGAGAGAGGGGUCACAGGAAAGGACAGACCACCACUUCUGCCCCUACGACCACCACCGCCAGCCCUCUUGAGCCCACUGUGACGUUCACAACCGAGUCAGAAAGUGUUGACUUUUCUACAUCCAAAUCCCUCCCCGUCUUACCAGCAGAAACCCAAUCACUGCCUGUCUCACCAGACUCACACUCAUCUCCAUCCUCUUUGCCAUCCAUCUCACCAUCAGUGCCUGUCACAGCGUCAGUGUCUCCAUCUCUGUCUUUUUCUCCAUCAUCGCCAUCUCAAUUCCUCUUUGAAUCUCCAUCUCUAUCUCCAUCCCAGUCUAUUCCCUCUUCCUCCUCUUCACCUCCGUCUACUUCCUCAUCUCUAUCUGAUUCCCAAACCCCAUCCCUCUCACCUUCACCAUCGUCACCCACUUCCCACUCACCGUUUCAGACUCAAACUGCCGGAUCAGGGGCUUCAUCUCCUCACUCAGAAAACCAGGACAGCUCCACUGACCCCCUAUCAUCGCUCCACUGGGUCCCAGUAGAAAGAGCGACUCUGAAUGGCUCUCUGGAUUCUCCUCCAUUACUGUCAGGGCCCUUGGAUGAGGAGGAGCCUGCUUGGUCUCACGCUGUGGGCUCGGGGGCCCUGUUACCUGGCAACAUGGAGGAGGAGACCAGCAAGGGAGGAUACAACGUCAGUUCCGUAACUGUGGACCCAACAGUCGAAGUGGAGCCCUGCGUGACAAACCCGUGUCUCCACGGAGGAAAGUGCCUUCCUCAGGGAACGGGUUACAGCUGCUACUGCCCACAAGGAUACACUGGGGAGAACUGUGAGAUCGAUGUUGAUGACUGCCAGUCGGAGCCAUGUGAAAAUGGAGGCACUUGCAUCGACAAGAUUGAUUCAUUCCUCUGCCUUUGCCUGCCGAGCUAUGGAGGAGACACGUGUGAGAAAGACAUAGAAGGCUGCGAGCAUGGUUGGAGGAAGUUCCACGGCCAUUGCUACAGGUACUUCACCCACAGACACACCUGGGAGGAUGCAGAGAAAGACUGCAGAGAGCACAGUGCCCACCUCAGUAGUGUCAUCUCCGCUACUGAGCAGCAGUUUAUCAAUGGUCUGGGUCAUGACAACGCCUGGAUCGGUCUGAAUGACCGCACAGUGGAGGAGGACUUUCAGUGGACUGACACCAACGAUCUGGUAUAUGAGAACUGGAGGGAGAGCCAGCCGGAUAACUUCUUUGCAGGCGGCGAGGACUGUGUGGUGACCAUCGCCCAUGAGGAUGGCAAGUGGAACGACGUGCCCUGCAACUACAACCUGCCCUACAUCUGCAAGAAAGGCACAGUGCUGUGUGGGACCCCACCUGCAGUGGAGAACGCCCAUUUGAUAGGUCGGCGGAGGUCACACUAUGACAUACAUGCAGUGGUGCGCUACCAGUGCUCUGAAGGCUUCUACCAGCGCCACAUCCCCACCGCACGCUGUCGGGCUGACGGGAGCUGGGAGCGACCCAGGAUCAUCUGCACAAAGUCCCGUAGGUCACACCGGUACAGACGCCAUCACCACAAUCAGCACCACGAGCGCCGCAGCCACAGGAGACACGGAGGAGAGGGACAUAAGGCCAGAGAGGACGUGCACAGCUACUACUGAACCAAAUAAUACAACAUUUGCAAUGCCUAGGUGCUAACCAUGGCCCAU